CCGUGCGCCAGCGGCUCCGCCGCUCCGACGUGCUGCUGCAGUGGGCCGACCAGGGCAUUGACGCGCUCAACUGCCUGUAUGGCCACGCUGGUGCACCUCCGUCGGCGCCCGCGAACCUGGGGCAGCAGACCAGCCUGAACUUUUUGGAGGACUGCUACCUGGGGAUGGGCGCGAUGCCGAGCGAGCCAGGUUUUUGUGAAGAAGCCCUCCGCGAGCUUCUCAGUGGCUCCACCGUCUACGCUGAGGAUGGUGGCGCCCGGGUCCCGUACUCGAAGGAGCUGGUCUCCUGGCCUGAGGUGGGUUCCAGCCCCGUCGACCUUGUGGGCUGCCUCACUCAGGAUGAUGCUGAUUGGGCACGGGAUUGGCGACAUAACUUGCUCAAGACGCCCGGCGAGGCGCUGCUCGGGGUACGCCAGCGCCUUCUUCACCCGGCGCUCGCGACGCGGCUGCCCACGGCGGCCGCGGUGUCUUCUGUGGAGUCGGGCGGUCUGCCCUUGUGCGUGGCGGCUGGCGACCUCGACAAUGCCUUCUACUGUCUCAGGCCCAUGUCGGGCUUAGAGGACUACUUCGCGCUGCCUCCGCUCUCCUCCUCCCUAGCGGGCAUCACUGAGCUGGAGGGGGUGUGCAUUCCGGCAGGGACCAGCCUGGUUCCUUGCCUUGCCAUCCUGCCCAUGGGGUGGUCGUGGGCGAUGCACUUCUGCCAGGCUGUGACCAUGCGCGCCAUCUCGGUGGCGGGCUUCACGGACUCGCAGAUCGUGGAGGACGGUCGUUCCAGCAUGGCCCUGCCCGCCCGCUCAGACACGGCGGCGGCGGGCUACGUGGACAACUUCUACGUCUUCGGCCACGACGCCUCGCUGGUCACGCAGCGCCGGGACGACGUGUCGGCCGUGCUGCGCGGGUGGGGCUUGACAGUCCACGAGGAGACGGAUGCCUCCCCCGACGCCGUCUUGGUGGGCCUGGAGCUCCGGCAGGGCCGCUGGCUGUCUAUCAAGCGCCGCAACCUGUGGCGGCUCCAUGCGGCGCUGGACACCGUGCUGCGCCGGGGCUGCUGCUCCAGCAAGAUGCUUGAGGUGCUGGUGGGUCACAUCGCGUGGGCCUGCUUGAUCCGCCGUGAGCUGCUCUGCGUGCUGAGCUCCGUGUACCCGUGCAUGGCGGCCGGCCUGCCGACGACCUCGCGGCUGUGGCCGUCCGCGCGCCAGGGGCUGUGGCUCGUCCGCUCGCUGCUCCCGUUCCUCCGGAAGGACUUGAGCAGCCCGUGGCACGACGUGGUCGGAGUGAGCGACGCCUCCGACUUCGGGGUCGGCGUCGCCGCGCGGUCGGUGCGGCCUGACGCUGCGGCGCAGCACGGCCGCCAGUGCGAGAGGUGGCGUUACCGUGUGCACGGUGCCGAGAAGGCCCGCGAGAGAGCCCUCCGCCCUCAGCCUCUACCAUCCUCCGCAUACGCCACAGCUUCGCUGCCUGCAGGACUGCCCCGCCUGGACGUCUGGGGGCUGGAAUCCUUCAUCGGGGUGCGCCCGAGGGAGUUCAUGGAGGUGCCCAAGGAGUUCUUCGACGGGGCUCGCUGGGCUCCUGUUAUCGCCUCGAGGGUCGUCGUGCCCGACAACAUUCCGGCUCUGGAGGGGGGCGCGUGUGUCUUGGGCAUCAAGCGCAUCAUGAGGUCCAGGGCCGCUUUCGGGAAGCACAUACUUCUGUUCGUCGACAACAUGCCGUUGGCUGGUUCACAGGGCCGUGCCGACGCGCUGCUGCCGCCCAGCCUGGCUGCUCUCGUGCGGGGCCCCCUGAGGCUGACGGGCCGACGCCGGCUGGGGCUGGGCUCGAUGGCGGGUGCCUCGGCCUCUCGCCGCCAGGCGGGUCGCCACCGCAGGGCUGCGGCGGCUCGCCAGGUGGCGUCCGAGCGGGGGCCCUCGGGCGGCUUCUCGGUGCUGGAGCGGACGGCGGUCAGGCCGGUGUACCUCCGGGCCUUCCUGCAGUUCUGCUUCGUCAUGGCCAUCGACUGGGCGAGCGAGGCCGAGAUGGGCGUCGCCCUGGUCACGUAUGUGAACUCGAUGUACUUCGAGGGUCGCGCCCCGAACGAGGGCUCUGUGCUGCUGGCGUCGCUGGCGCACUACGCGCCGGCGCUGUGCAAGAGGGCGGCCCAGGCCUUGCCGAGGGCGACGCGCUGUCUGGCGGGCUGGCGCCGGCGCGUCCCGACCAGGAUGCGCCUGCCGCUGCCGCGCCGGGCCGCCUUUGCCAUCGCCGGGGCGCUGGCGGCCUGGGGUCAGCCGCGCAUGGGUCUCUUCGUGAUGCUGUCGUUCGCGGCUUACCUCCGCCCGCAGGAGGCUUUCCGCCUGGCCGGGCGUCACCUCGUACCGCCAGUGGCCCACCUUGGUCAGGCCCCCACUCCGUGGGGGCUGCUGCUGCACGACUCCGACUUGCAGCUGCCCGGGAAGACCAGCCUGUGGGACGAGAGCGUGCUGCUGGACCAGGCGCCGUGGCUCGAGCCAGCCCUGGAGGCGCUGAGGACUGUCGCGGGCGACGGACCCCUGUGGGACUUCCUGCCUACGUCGAUUGCUCGGCUCUUCGAGGAUGCCUGCCGCGCCCUGGGCCUGGUGCACUUGCAGCCGCAUCUGUGCCCCCUCCGUCGCGGGGGGGCCAGCGAGGAUCUGCUGUCGGGCGCCAGGACGCCGGAGCAGGUCAUGCGGCGGGGUCGCUGGGCCACUGUGGCCUCGCUCCGCCGCUACGGCAAGGAGACCCGCCUCCUCCGGGAGGCCGCCGAGGUGGACCCCGACGUGCUGCUGUUCGGCGAGAUCGUGGAGCGCAACUUCCUGGACGUGCUGCGGGGCGGCCCCUUGCUGCCGCUGGUGCGGGCCGACCUGCCUGCGAGCGUCG